UUGUUUUUUUCCCCCGAUUUCCCUAAUCUUUAAAAGUCGUUCUAUUCCGCCCCGCACUCUGACCGUUGAUGUGAUUUCUCCAGAGGAGCCUCAGGACAUUUAUUGGCUGGCUCAGUGUCUUUACCUGACAGCGCAGUAUCACAGAGCCGCUCAUGCGCUUCGGUCGCGAAAACUAGACAAAUUAUAUGAAGCAUGCCGAUACCUUGCAGCUCGAUGUCAUUAUGCUGCAAAAGAGCACCAGCAGGCUCUUGAUAUCCUGGAUAUGGAGGAACCAAUCAACAAAAGAUUAUUUGAAAAAUACUUGAAGGAUGAAAGUGGCUUGAAAGACUCUUCCAGUGACUGGGAAAUGUCACAGUCUUCAAUAAAGAGUUCUAUUUGUCUUUUAAGAGGGAAAAUCUAUGAUGCUCUAGAUAACCGAACCCUAGCUACCUACAGCUACAAAGAAGCUUUGAAGCUUGAUGUGUACUGUUUUGAAGCAUUUGAUCUUUUAACGUCACACCACAUGUUGACAGCACAAGAAGAAAAAGAGCUUCUUGAAUCACUACCUCUUAGCAAGCUAUGUACUGAAGAACAGGAAUUGCUACGUUUUCUGUUUGAGAACAAAUUAAAAAAGUAUAAUAAGCCUAGUGAAACCGUCAUUCCUGAAUCUGUAGAUGGCUUGCAAGAUAAUCUGGAUGUGGUAGUAUCUUUAGCUGAAAGACAUUAUUAUAACUGUGAUUUUAAAAUGUGCUACAAGCUUACUUCUGUAGUCAUGGAAAAAGAUCCUUUCCAUGCCAAUUGUUUACCUGUACAUAUAGGGACACUUGUGGAACUGAAUAAAGCAAAUGAACUUUUCUAUCUUUCUCAUAAACUGGUGGAUUUAUAUCCUAGUAAUCCUGUGUCUUGGUUUGCAGUGGGAUGUUACUAUCUCAUGGUUGGCCACAAAAAUGAACACGCCAGAAGAUAUCUCAGCAAAGCAACAACACUUGAGAGGACGUAUGGGCCUGCCUGGAUAGCAUAUGGGCAUUCAUUUGCAGUUGAGAGUGAGCAUGACCAAGCAAUGGCUGCGUACUUCACAGCUGCACAGCUGAUGAAAGGGUGUCAUUUGCCAAUGCUGUAUAUUGGAUUGGAAUAUGGCUUGACCAACAACUCAAAAUUGGCUGAAAGAUUCUUUAGCCAAGCACUGAGCAUUGCACCUGAAGAUCCAUUUGUUAUGCACGAGGUUGGUGUUGUUGCAUUUCAGAAUGGAGACUGGAAAACAGCAGAAAAAUGGUUUCUUGAUGCUUUGGAAAAAAUUAAAGCAAUUGGGAAUGAGGUAACAGUCGACAAAUGGGAACCUUUGUUGAACAACUUGGGGCACGUCUGCAGAAAACUUAAAAAGUAUGAUGAAGCACUGGAUUACCACCGUCAGGCACUGGUGCUGAUUCCUCAGAAUGCAUCCACCUACUCUGCCAUAGGAUAUAUACAUAGCCUGAUGGGCAAUUUUGAAAACGCUAUUGACUAUUUCCACACAGCACUUGGUCUUAGGCGAGAUGAUACAUUUUCUGUUACAAUGCUUGGUCAUUGCAUCGAAAUGUACAUUGGUGAUUCUGAAGCUUAUAUUGGAGCAGAUAUUAAAGACAAAUUAAAAUGUUAUGACUUUGAUGUGCAUACAAUGAAGACACUAAAAAACAUCAUUUCACCUCCAUGGGAUUUCAGGGAAUUUGAAGUAGAAAAACAGACUGUGGAAGAAACAGGGCUUGCACCACUGGAAACCUCAAGGAAAACUCCAGAUUCCAGGCCUUCAUUGGAAGAAACCUUUGAAAUUGAAAUGAAUGAAAGUGACAUGAUGUUAGAGACAUCUAUGUCAGACCACAGUACGUGAUUCCAAACAGUGGUCUAGAUUCCAUUUUGUCAUAGUAUAGGCAUGACUUUUCAUAUAUUGAUUUAUUGUUUAAUUGGAUGUGUAAUCAGUCCACAACUGCUUAGUCCUGGGGAUACAACUGUGAACAAGAUGGACAUGGUGCUUUUCCUCAGGGAACGUGUACUCUGAAAUACAGACAUUCGACAAAUUACAAGGCAGUGUGAAGAGUGUUACACAUGGAAACCCCAGGUGCUCCUGGAGCACGUUCAGCUGUGUGUGUUUGUGUGUGUCAGAGGAGUGGUGAGAGGGAUGGUCAAAGAAGGUCUCUGAGAAGGUGACCUUUGAGCUAUGCUAAGUCAUAAAGAAUAAGACUGUGUGGGGAUAGGGUAGGUGGGACCAAAUAGAAGAUUGACACUCCCAUGGGAAUGGAAUAAUCCAAAAUGGCUGGAGCAGAGACUGGCUGAGCAAUGGUGGACAGUGGGCAGAUUGGAAGGCCUUGUAAUUGUUGUGAAGGAUUUCUGUUACGGGAUUGUAAGCAGAGCUUGGAACCGGUUUAUUCCAGUUCAAACCCUUACUGAGAAUUUGCAUUUCUGACAAGUUCCCGGGAAGUUAUACGUAAGAAUCACCCAGGGAUCUUGUUAAAAUGUAGAUUCUGAUUCAAUAUAUCUGGGAUGGAAAUGCAAAUUCUCAAGAGGGGUUUGAACUGGAAUGAACCGGUUCAAAGCCCUGGUUGUAAGUAGGGAAGUAACAUCUAUGUCUAUUUAAGUGAUGAAUCUGGCUGCCAUAGAAGAAUAGGUUAGAAUUAGAUGCACAGAAGCUAGUAAGCUAAUGUGGGCUUAGUUCAAGUUGGUGGCAGUGGAACUCGGGGAAAUGGGCAGGUUGAGAAGAGAUUUAGAAAGGACUAAUGCAAUAGAAGGCCCCUGGAUGGUGCAAUAAGUUUGUGCUCCGCUGGUAACCAAAAGGUUGGCAGUUCGAAUCCACCCAGCAGCACCACAGAAGAAACAGCCCUGAUGAUCUGCUUCCAUAAAGAUUACAGCCAAGAAAACCUUACGGAGCAGUUCUCUUAGCACAUGGGGUCGCCAUGAGUCAGAAUCAACUCGAUGGCACAAAACAACAACGAUGCAAAAGAAGUAACUUGAUUAUAAAAAUUUCCUCAAGUCUGUAAAACUUAAUUUUGUGCUUUGUUGACAUGAUAAUUAUGAAGAUCCUAUAAACAAAUUUUUCUACUUCAAGAAGAAGAAAACUGAAUCUCUCAUGACUGUGCUAAAUUGAUAAACCUCGCUUGUGCAGGUAAACAACUCAGAUGUUCUUAAAGAUAGCCCUGAAACUCAAAUAAAUACAACUUCCUACUCAUUUUUUUUUUUAAAAGUUAUUCCAGUAAAGAGGAUUAUAUGCUUCAUUUGUUGAAAAUCCUUCCUUUCAAGUGCUCAUUAGAGGACGUAUUAUCCUGCUUUUUCAUAGAAAGGUAUAGUUUUUCCAAGACAUUUAUUCAUAGCAUCAUUGACAAAUAAGGUAUUGUACACAAACUAACUUUCCAGGUACCCGAAACAGUCCCUUCAACACCAAAACUUUUCAUCUUAAGCUUUCUAAAAUGUAUUCCAUAUAUUUUCUGUCUUCCUAAGCAGAAUAAUAAUAGCUCUCAUUUCUUGAGGACCAGUCAUUGUUCCACGUGCUAACUCUAGUAAAUCUUUUCAUUAAAGCUUUAUUGCACCUGUUGUACAGACGAGGACUCUGCCGCACGUUAUGUGACUCGUCCAGCAUCACACAGCCAGCAGGUGGCAGAGCUGGCAUUCAAACCUUGUUCUCUUAGUUUAACCUUUGGAAAUCACUAAACUUCAUCACAGCGAGUGUCAGUUACUGCAUUGGAUUUUAAUGCAGUAAUGCAUUCAGAGACCAUUUUGGUUGCUUACUGCCAUUUAGAUUUAAAGUGAUGAUUUUGAGUUUUCAUUUUUCUUUUCUUACAGUUUUUCUGUCUUUGUCGGACAUAACAUGCUUCUGCUUUUUAUGCCUUCCCUCUUUUUUGCUGGGACUAGAAAAUCAAAUGACUGAACUUAAAAUAAUUAUUUUAAAAAUAAGUAAAAGUGAAGGUAUUCUGUUAAUAAAGUGCUGAGUUUUUCACAUUUGUCUUGCCUGCCCAGAAGUUAUUUUUUCAUUUUGUUUUCUCAUUGAUCACCUGUAAUGAUUUUGAGAUUUGUGGAUAGUGACUCCUGGGAAGUGACAGUGCUUUCAAAUUUAAAAGGGAAAAGCUUCAAGAAAUUUGACUAAGCUACAUCUGAGAUCGGCAAUAGCGUUAACACCGAUGUGUGCGACUUCAGUGAGUGUAAAGAAAAGGUAACGUCUAAUUGUAUGCCAAGUAUUGUUUCUGUUAUUACCCAAUUCUCCAAUAAUGUUGCCUGUUGUUAGGUGCCAUCAUGUCCAUUCCAACUCAUAGCAACCCCACGUGACAGAGUAGAACUGCCCUAUAGGGUUUUCUAGGCUGUAAUUUUUACGGGAGCAAAUCUCCAGGUCUUUCUGCCACGGAGCCGCUGGGUGGGUUUGCACCGCCAAACCUUUCUCGGCUUGCAACUGAGCUGCUUAACCAUUUGCGCCACCAGGGCUCCUUAUGUUGCAUAGUCUCCUAAAAAUGUGUCCUCGCCAACUGUCAAGUGGCCAUAUUGUUAUCAUCAAAGUAAAAUUUGAGGUGAAAUGCUGUGGUCACCAGCUUCUUGAAAUCACUGCUGUCUACCAAUUAGACAUGGGUUACCUUGUAGAGUGUAGUCUUUCUAGGGCAGUCGUUUACCCCAGAGCCAUAUUCAUUCCAACGUUUGCAGAUAAUUUAUUGCUGCUCUGCUUCGGCGUAAAGGUCUGUGCAUACAUAGACUAUCACAGGUUGGGUAGUGUGUAAGAAGCUAGACUUCUUUGUAACACACUUACUUUCUCAUUUUCUCACAUAAAAUCGUAAGCUUAUGAGUGUAUUUUGUUCACUAUAUCUUGAAAUUUGUAUUUCAAAAAAAUUGUAUUUAAAGAAUAAUUUUAUCUGGCAAACCUGAAUUCUAAAAUUCUAUAAUUUUUGUGAAACCAUUUAUCAGAAUACUAGUUACAAAUAAUAGUGAAAAAUCAGAGGGGUCUUAAAACAUGGACAGUGGUAGCUACUGGGAAAAAAUAUUUGGGUAUUUUGCUAGCCAGAUUCGUAAGAAAUACACAUUCUUAUCAUUUGGAAAAAGAAAUGAGAUUUGAUUUUUUUAACUUUGUUGAGAUAAAAUUCACAUACCAUACAAUUCACUUAUUUAAAGUUUACAGUUGGGUGGUUUUUAAUAUAUGCAGAGUUGUGUAACCAUCACCAUGUUAAUUUUAAAAUGCUUUCAUCACCCCAAAAAGAAACCUUGUACCCAUUAGCAGUCACUUCCUAUCCCCUCUCUCGCAGUCACAGGCAACCCUCUACUUACAUUCUGUCUCUAGUGAUUUGCCUAUUAUGGACAUUUCAUAGAGAGGGCAUCAUACCAUAGGUGGCCUUUUAUAACUGGUGUCUUUCACCUAGCAUAAUAUUUUCAAGGUUCAAGGUAGUAUUAUAAUGUGUAUCAGUACUUUAUUCCUUUUAAUGGCUGAAUACUAUUCUAUUCCAUUUUGUUUCCCAAAGCAGCUGUGCUAUUCUGUGUUCCCACUAGCAGUAUAUGAGGAUUCCAAUUUCUCUACAUAUUCACCAGCACUUGUUAUUUGUCCUUUUUGGUUCUAGCCAUUCUAGUGGGUGUGAAGUGGCAUCUCAUGGUGGUUUUAAUUUGCAUUUCCCUGAUG